UCGGCUUGUAGGGCUGCCCUGCACAAGUGGUGAAUGCUACAGAAAUAGUUGUCGACCAGGCUAUUUAUACAUGGGCUUUCUUCGUAUUGGCUGCAGACUAUAUUCUCAUAGUUUAUGAAACAUUAUAAUUCUGCUUGUAUCUCUUAUGCCUGAUUUGUUCUCUAUGCGCGUUCAGUGCUGAACGGAAAGCGUACUUCUCUUAUUUACGUUUUCCCUCUGGUUUUAAAGUUAAUAAUCAAGGGGGAUGAAUGGGGGCGGUAAUGAAGGUACGAGGGGACUGUAGCGCUAUUUGAUCACGGUUGAGCUUUGAAGAUCAGUAAGCAGUGAGCCGGGCCCAAGGACGCAGAGAGAGAGAGAGAGGAGUCCGCGUCUCUGAAUUAAUGUCCGCGGUCCGCGACUGGAAAAGAGAAGUGUGGAGACCUUAUGGCCCUGGGAAUAAGGAAUUAUAUACGUUUAUAACUCCACCAAAUGGAAUUAUUAUAAUGGAUUAACAUUAUAGGGAUAUAGCCUUCAUUGGGAUUGUAAAGAGAUCUGCCAUACGCUUUCAUGAAUCAUUUUGGAACCACAAGGUAACAUCUUGUUGGGUGAGAACCAGGCAGGAAGGAGUGGUCUCAGACCAGAAGCAGCAGUCAUGGUUUGGAGAGCAGGCCUUCUAUUCAGCAUACUGCUAGCUACAGCCACACACACCCUGUCUGCCAGCUUCCCAGAGGAUAGUAUACCCCUGGACAUUGUCGACGCACACUCCUCGCGGCAGUACCCAGUGUUCCGAGGUCGUCUGUCGGGGAACGAGUCACAGCACAGACUGGACUUCCAACUGAUGACCAAGAUACAGGAUACACUGUUCAUCGCUGGCAGAGACCAGGUGUAUCUAGUGAGUCUCCGAGAAUCCUACAGGAAUGAGAUCAUUCCCUACAGGAAGUUAACAUGGAGGUCAGGCGAGGCAGACAGAAAGAACUGUGCCAUGAAGGGGAAACACAGAGAUGAGUGUCAUAACUACAUCAAGGUUCUGGUUCCCAGAAAUGAUGACCUGGUGUUCAUCUGUGGAACUAAUGGCUUCAACCCCAUGUGCCGAUACUACAGGCUGGAUAACCUGGAGUUUGACGGGGAGGAAAUCAGCGGACUGGCACGAUGCCCGUUUGACGCCAAGCAGACCAACGUCGCUCUGUUCGCUGACGGGAAGCUGUACUCGGCGACGGUUGCUGACUUCCUGGCGAGCGACGCAGUGAUCUACCGUAGUAUGGGUGACGGCUCGGCCCUCAGGACCAUCAAAUACGACUCCAAAUGGCUGAAAGAGCCCCAUUUCCUGCAUGCAGUGGAUUAUGGGAACUACGUCUACUUCUUCUACAGAGAGAUCGCAGCGGAACACAACAACCUGGGCAAGGCGGUCUACUCCAGAGUGGCUCGUAUCUGUAAGAACGACGUAGGCGGGUCCCAGCGUGUGUUGGAGAAACACUGGACGUCCUUCGUCAAGGCCAGACUCAACUGUUCUGUUCCCGGAGAAUCCUUCUUCUACUUCGAUGUUCUACAGUCCAUCACUGACAUCAUCAACAUCAACGGAGUUCCUUCUGUGGUGGGAGUCUUCACUACACAGAUGAACAGUAUCCCAGGGUCUGCAGUGUGUGCGUUCUCCAUGGAUGACAUAGAGAAGGUGUUCAGAGGACGAUUUAAAGAACAGAAAACACCUGACUCUGUCUGGACCGCCUUCCCAGAGGAGAGACUGCCCAAACCCAGGCCAGGCUGCUGUGCGGGUCAUGGCCAGGCUGAGUCCUAUAAGACCACUAUAGAGUUCCCUGAUGAGACUCUCCUCUUCAUCAAGUCCCACCCCCUCAUGGACGCCUCCGUGCCUAACAUAGGAGACGAGCCCUGGUUCACCAAGACACGCGUCAGGUACAGGCUGACAGCCCUGGCGGUGGACAACGCGGCUGGUCCCCAUGGUAACUACACGGUGCUGUUCAUUGGUUCAGAGGCGGGCGUGGUGCUGAAGGUUCUAGCCAAGACUUCCCCUCUGUCCUUCGACGACAGCAUCCUAUUGGAGGAGAUUGACCUGUUCAACAGAGCCAAGUGUCUGUCUAACAGUGAGGAUGACAGGCGUAUUUUGUCGCUCCAUGUUGACAGAGACACACACAGUGUGUACGUAGCUUUCUCCAGCUGUGUGGUUCGCAUGCCUCUCAGCCGCUGUGAGCGACACACUAACUGCCACAAGUCUUGUAUAGCAUCCAGGGACCCCUAUUGUGGCUGGAUGCCUCAUGGAGCCUGUGAGAGGAUACUGCCUGGAGUUCUGUCUGGUUAUGAGCAGGAUGUAGAAUUUGGGAACACGGUUCAACUGGGAGACUGCCAUGUGUUUUUGGCCACUACAUCAGCGCCAGAUCACAAAUCAUUUGGUGUCCCGACCUCUGACAUGGAGUUGUCAUCUACGUCAGUCACAGACCAGCCCAGUGGGCCAAUACACCCCCCAGUACCCCCAGUACUCACCCCCACCCUGAGCCCCCAUCCUGGGCUUGGUCCCGGGGAAGGGCCUGGGUUGGGGCCUGGGGCUGGUUCUCCAGAUCUGUAUGGCUCAGGGUUUGUGCAGCAGGAUGACCCGGCCACCUCCCAUUCACUAGAGUCACUCCCAGGGGGCCUAGAGGGUGUGUGGGAGAUCCAGGCGGGAGAAGCCAAUCAGAUGGUCCACAUGAAUAUCCUGAUCAGCUGUGUGUUGGCUGCCUUCCUCCUGGGGGCGCUAGUGGCAGGCCUGGUGGUCUUCUGCUACAGAGACUCCUUCCUCCGCCACAAGCCCCGGCACGCCCACAAAGACGCAGAGUCAGCCCCCUCCUGCAGCGACUCCACCGGAUCCUUCGCUAAACUCAACGGGCUCUUCGACAGUCCUGUCAAGGAGUACCAGCCAGGUCUGGACUGUCCCAAGCUGUACACCAACCUGCUGAGCAGUGGUAAGGACCUGACGCCUAAUGGAGACACCAAGACCAUGAUCCUCCGGGACGGCUGUCAGCCCCCCGAGCUGGCCGCCCUGCCCACCCCCGAGUCUACCCCUGUGCUGCAGCAGAAAGGCCUGCAGCCAAUCAGGAACCAGUGGGAGCGAGCCAAUCACCACGGGAAGAUCAAUGGAUCCAGGAAGAGCUCCAACUCUACCUCCUCCUCCUCCAUCGCCAAGAGUCCCCAAUUCCACCCCAGUUCCUCCCCCCCUCCUCACCCCCAGCCACACCCCCACCCUGCGCUGGGACACCCCCACAUCCCUAGCGCCGUCGUCCUUCCCAACGCCACGCACGAAUACCGCAGUGGUUACCAUGGAAACCCGGCCGAUGACGUCACGCCGCCUCGCACCCUGGACAGGAAGCCUCAGAACAUGGAACACCUGCAGGCCACGCCCCCUCAUUCUAAAGGAAGCAGGAAGGAGCAGAAGAGGUCACUGGAUGCCAGGAACACUCUGAACGACUUGCUGAAACACCUGAACGAUGCUAACACGGCUAAUGCUAGCUCUAAGGCUAUCCUCCAGGAGGGGGCCGGCUCAGCGCCCCGACCCAGCAGGCAACACCUGAUGCUGGAGCCUCUAGGGGACAUCACUGAGGUUCCCCCCAAGGUCCCCAGCCGAGAGGCCUCUCUCUACUCCCCCUCCUCCUCCUCCUCCUUGCCCAGGCACAGCCCCACCAAGAGGGUGGACGUCCCCCUGCCCUCCACCCCCAGCUCCCCCACAGGCAGCCUGGGUAUGGGAGGAAGCAUGAGCGGCACCCUGGAGAGGAGGUACGGCUCUCAUCACAGGAGCUCCUCCCACAGACACUCCCUCACCUCCACCUCUCCUAACGGGGUCAGUAUGGGGGUGUCGUUGUCCCGCCAACACAGUAUGAACAGAGGGGGGUACAUGCCCCCCACCCCUCCCUCCAGACUGGACUCCCAAGGGGGGCUCCACUCCCCCCAUCAACACCCCCACCCCCCCUCCCUGUCCCGCCAGAGCAGCUACAGUGGGCACUGCUCGCUCCCCCGCCAGGGGCUUAAACGGACACCGUCCCUAAAGCCUGACGUCCCCCCUAAACCCAACGCCUUCACCCCACAGACUCCUCAGAUGAGGGUGGUCAACAAGUACAGCUACUAGGACACUAUAGACACUAUGGAGUGUACUACCAAGUGUACUAACUGGGACAGGGCAGGGCCUCUACUGAGUGUGCUCUAGGGCCAGACUAGUUGUGAGAAGACUUAGGGAGGGAGUAGGACCGGGUGUGUGUGUGUGUGUCGGGGUGUGUUCCCCAUGGAAUGAUAGGCACAUUCAUUCUUUCACUCUAAAAAGGGAAUAUCACACCAGUGGCGAAAAAUGUGACGUGGAGUUCUGUGUCUUGUCUUGUGGCUCCAUGUUUCUCUCCAUCUCACAACACACUGGUCUGUCUCCUCUAACCCUGACCCCUGACCCUGACUCACUAACCCCAGCCCAGCCCCAGGACAUAAGGCAGGGUGGGGGUAGAUGGGGUGUCUGUGGCUCUCCAGUAUGUGUAGGGGUCCUGUAGGGGACUAGUGUGGCCCCCAGUGUGUAGCCUGGCCCUAUGACCCAGACUGUGGACGGUACGAGGUCUAACUCAGAGAACUACUUGAAGAAUGGGUCUGAUGUCUCACUGUCACUGAGCACUGUCUGUCUGUCUGUCUGUGUCACAAAUGGCACCCUAUUCCCUUUGUUGUGAACUACUUUUGACCACGACCCAUAGGACUGGUUGAACCUAGUGCACUAUACGGGGAAUAAGGGUGCCAUUUGGGGGACACCCUCUGUCUUCCCAUAAAUGUGAACUGGACUGAACUGAACAAGGAGAGGAAUACGAUAUAAAUGUUUGUAUCUUAUCUGUCUGACUGAUGGGGGAGAGCAGAGAAGAGACACAGUAAACAUAGUGUCCCUUUAGAGGUGUUUCACUAAACUAUAACGACUGGGGAGGAAGGAAGGAAGGAAGGAAGGAAGGAAGGAAGGAAGGAAGGAAGGAAGGAAGGAAGGAAGGAAGGAAGGAAGGAAGGAAGGAAGGAAGGAAGGAAGGAAGGCAGGCAACAGAGAACAUCAGUGUGUGUCAGUUGGAGGGCAAAACCCAAUGUACAGUGAACACAUACACACACACUUUGUUUGGGGAGGUGAAAGGCUUGGCUGCCUACGUACCCUAACAGGGACCCUCUGUAACUCACUGGGAUAUCUACUAAACACGUUUGCUGCUAUUGGUUUAUGAUGAGUAAUGUAUAUUGCUAUUGGUUUAUGAUGAGUAAUGUAUAUUGCUAUUGGUUUAUGAUGAGUACUGUAUGCUGUGUGUAUUUUGUCCUCUUAUGCGUCUGUAUUCUACAGCUGCCGUUGUCUCCUGACUGUGUGUGUGUGUGUGUGUGUGUGUGUGUGUGUGUGUGUGUGUGUGUGUGUGUGUACAGACCAUGCAAUUCAGUCCUCCACCAUGUCAAUGCACUGUUAGAAGAGGCUCCACUGACAUCAGAGUCCUGUAUCUCUCUGUUACUGAAAUAGCACAUAACACACUCCACUUCUCCUGUCACAUACAGAUACAGACUGGCUUUAGUUUGGUGGCAAUUGCAGAGACCUUUCCUCCAGUCUUUCAAUGUAGCAGAGUGGUAUUUAGAAACAUUUCAUCCAACCCACUUCAACAUGCUGGUGUUGUUUUGGUUUGGUUUUCACAUGUUCUUUAUUUUAUUCAGAAAUGAAAGAUGUAAACAUUUUAUGCAACACCAAUGGGUUUUGUUCUGUGAGGUUGAAAUGGCGUUCUGUAACAUGUCUGUCUGUCUGUCUGUCUGUCUGUCUGUCUGUCUGUCUGUCUCACCUGCCAACUGCAUGUCUGUCACUAGUGUUAGUCUCUGUGCUCCUGUGGGAGUUCACACACUGCUCUCUGUGUGGUAGUUGCCCCAAGGUACAGAUGCAGGAUCAGCUUGCCCUCUCUCAAACCUAAUCUUAACCAUUUAGAGGGUAAACCCAUAACUGAUCUUAGAUCAGUGUCUAGGGGGAACUUUGGCUCUCUGGUGGCCAUUUUGGUUCCAGAGGCAGUGUUGUGUGUGUGCAGUUUCCCAGUGAGUGACAAGUGUACAAUCACACCAACAUCUACCAAUGUGUCCUACCAAGUCAUGCUGGUAAUGACAAGAUACUGUACAUAUUAUAAAUAUGAGUAUACAUAUUUUUAGGCCAGUUAAGCCCAAUCUGUGCAUCGUGUGCCUUAUUCAACGAAUUAUCGAUAUACAGUAAUAUUGAGAAAAAAAAGUGAUUUGGUCUUGAAUGUCAUUGUUGUUACAAUAUAGCCUAAGCAACUCUGAUUAUUUGAAUUCAGCGUGAAAUUUGGGUUUUUAUUUAUCUACCAAACUGCAGUUAUUUCGAUUCUAGAACUAAGAGCCGGUUUAUUCACCAACAUUCCAAUACAGAAUGCAGGCUGAAGCAAAGCAUGCUGGGAUUACAGUAUCCGUAUAUGACCUCAUGAAGAAGAAGGCUGCUGAUAGACCAAGCUGAGGUUCCAUGCAGUGAAUGUAAUAUAAUGGCAUGGGGAUGUAGACUGACUCUUCUAAAUGCUUUGCUUUGAAACACUCCGCUCAACAUGGCACGAUACAGCCACUAUACAGUAAACAGUCAAUACAGUACUCAAUAAAACAUCCAACCCAGUAUUAAGGUAAACACUCCGGGUAAUUAUUAUAGAUCUAAUGUCUUAAUAAACUGUUACAUUAGAGUGAGCAGUGGUCAUGUGACAGGGACAUGAUGUAAAACAGGAUAAUGUUUUUAAUCUUUAAAAAAAGAUUUGGGUACGAUCUUACAUUGUGAAUGAGGUUCAUGAUUUGGGUACGUUUACUUUAUUUUGGGAAUGAAUUUGUCUGCCUGUUUGGAACCCGAAGCCACAUUUAGUUUAAAAGAGAUGAUUGUAUUAAUUAAAGUCUUGGCUAUCAGUCAUCCUCUGCUAACCGGUGUUGGGCUUAGAGAGACACACACACAUGCAGGAACACACACACACACACACACACCUCUGUUCCUUUCCUCCAGACAGACGGGCUGUGCUCUAAUGUCUUGUACAUUGCCAUAUUGACCUGUGUCUCUGUGUUGCAGUGUCAGUCUAAAGCCUUUCUACCCUCCUGUCUAUCUAUGCUCUCCGUGUGCAGAUGAACCAGACUCGUUGACAUUACCUUUCUAAUACUGUUCUGAUUGGACAGUAGACAUCCUGAUGUUUGUAGAUAUGUUGUAAAGUUGGAACUGUGAAUGUGUACAUAAUGGUGGUCUUUUGUUUCAGGACUUUUUGUUGAAUUUUUUUUUAACACGGCAUGUAUAGUUGAAAUAAAAUAUUACUGCACAGAA